UCAAAUCUGGAAACACUUUAAGUACACAACUGUUUGACUAAAAUCAUAUGGUAUCGCCAAGGAAGUGUUAGGCUGAGGAUUGGUGAAGAUUUAACCCGAAAAUGAGAGCUUUUUCCUUAUUAAUAUUGGCCUGGAUGUCCUUGCUUGUGGUUUUACCAGUGAUACGUUGUAAAGAACAGCGAGAACUAUCCGAAGGCAACCUUUUAGUUGUGACUGUUGCGACCAAAGAGACAGAUGGCUUCAGGCGUUUCAUGCGGUCUGCCCGACACUUUAACUACACUAUCAAGGUGCUUGGCAGAGGGGAGCCAUGGAAAGGUGGGGACUAUAUGACCGAGCCAGGAGGGGGUCAGAAAGUGCGCCUUCUUAAAGCUGGUUUGCAGGAGAUGGAGGAAGACAAGGUUGUCCUCUUCAUUGACAGCUAUGAUGUUGUCUUCGCCUCCGGUCCCAAAGAGCUGCUGAAGAAGUUCCAGCAGACAAGACACAAGGUGGUCUUCUCUGCAGAGACCCUCAUCUGGCCCGACAGACACUUGGAGGACAAGCACCCCCACUUCCGAGAGGGAAAGAGGUUCUUGGGCUCAGGGGGAUUCAUUGGCUAUGUUCCUAACCUCAAAGAGAUGGUUGCUGACUGGACAGGGGAGGACAGUGACAGUGAUCAACUUUUCUUCACCAAGAUUUAUAUCAACCCAGAGAAAAGAAAAUCCAUCAAUAUAACACUGGACAACAGAUGCCGAAUGUUUCAUAAUCUUCAUGGAUCCCUUGAUGAGGUGGUGUUGAAGUUUGAGGACGGGCAAGUGCGGGCCAGAAAUGUGUUGUAUGAUACAUUACCCGUCGUUAUUCAUGGCAACGGGCCCACCAAGCUCCAGAUCAACUACUUGAGCAACUACAUCCCCACAGUGUGGACGUUUGAGACGGGAUGCAGUGUGUGUCUUGAGGACCUGCGGCCACUCUCAGGACUCAAGGAGAGCGAAUACCCACUGGUGGUUAUUGGAAUCUUCAUUCAGCAGCCCACCCCCUUUGUCAGUGUGUUCUUUGAGACCUUGCUCAAACUGGAAUACCCAAAGAACCGACUCAAACUCUUCAUCUACAACCAGGAGCAGCACCACGAGGUAGCGGUCAGCUCUUUCCUGAAGGACCAUGGGAAAGAGUACCAGGAUGUAAAGGUCAUCGGGCCUGAGGAGAACAUGGACAGGGUGGCUUCCCGCAACCUCGGCCUUGAUAUGUGUCGACAGGACAAGGACUGUGAGUAUUUCUUCAGCAUGGAUAUCGAAGUGGUUCUGAAGAACAAGGACACCCUAAAGAUUCUCAUCGAGCAAAAUGAGCCUAUAAUUGCACCCAUGAUAACCCGAGAAGGCCGCCUGUGGACCAACUUCUGGGGAGCACUCAGUGCUGAUGGUUACUACGCUAGGUCGGAGGACUAUGUGGACAUUGUGCAAGGACGCAGAGUUGGUGUGUGGAAUGUCCCCUACCUGACCAAGGUGUACCUGGUGAAGGCCAGCCUCCUUCACGAGGAGCUCUCCAACAACGACCUCUUCAGCUCGGGCACUCUGGACCUCGACAUGGCCUUCUGUCACAACGCCAGAAACAAAGGAGUCUUCAUGUAUGUUACGAAUAUGCACACCUUUGGGCGGAUGCUGUCGACAGAAAACUACCAGAUGAGCCAUCUCCACAACGAUUUGUGGCAGAUCUUUGAAAACCCUAAGGAUUGGGAGGAGCGUUACAUCCAUGAGAACUACACAAAGAUAAUGAGAGACAAACUGAUUGAAACACCUUGCCCUGAUGUAUACUGGUUCCCGCUAUUCUCUGAUAUCGGAUGUGACCACAUUGUUCAAGAAAUGGAAAACUUUGGACAGUGGUCAGGUGGCCGAAAUACGGACACAAGGAUCCAGGGUGGCUAUGAGAAUGUCCCCACCAUUGAUAUCCACAUGACUCAAAUCAAUUAUGAGAAAGAGUGGCAGAAGCUUCUGUUGGAUUACAUAGCCCCAAUCACAGAGACAAUGUAUCCUGGAUACUACACCAAGUGUAUCUCUUACCUCAACUUCGUAGUGAGGUACAAACCUGACGAGCAGCCCCUGCUCACCCCGCACCACGAUGCAUCUACUUUCACUAUUAAUGUAGCUCUCAACAGCAAAGAAAUUGACUAUGAGGCUCAGUUUGACUUGGCGUUUGUAGUUAGAUAUAAGCCAGACGAGCAGCCCUUUUUAAGGCCACACCAUGACGCGUCCACAUUUACUAUAAAUAUUGCACUCAAUCAAAAAGUGCUUGAUUACCAGGGUGGGGGAUGCAGGUUCAUACGGUAUAACUGCUCCGUCGAGGCACCCCGCAAAGGCUGGGCCCUCAUGCACCCUGGACGGCUCACCCACUAUCACGAGGGCCUGCGAACCACUGCAGGCACUCGAUACAUCGCAGUGUCAUUUGUGGACCCCUGAGUGCCAAUGGCAAUGUGCUGCCAUUUCCAGGUGUCAGCUGUUGUUUCUAUGGUGCCUUUACUGAACGUUUGUUAAUUCAGGAAAACUCCAUUAGCCAAAUCCAAGUGGGCGUUGCGGGAGACCUUUUCUCUUGAAACCCCUUUCAUUUGAAACUUUUGUGAGACAAAUGUACUGUUUUAGUAUUAUAAUAACUUGUUUUGUUGAAUCAAGACACUCCUACAUACAGUAUGAGGCAAUAAGAAUAACUUUAUUUGUAAAGUGCCCUUCAUUUCUAAAUACACUCCUAAUACAGUAUGCAAUGCACCAUGGUCUUGGAGAUUAUUAAAACAUCUGUCCUAUUUAUUAUUUUGAUAUUUGUAUAAAAGGAGUUUAUUCCAAAGAUUCCGUGUGGCUUUUCGAAUGUGUAAUAUCUAAAGAACACAGCUCGUAACACAUUCUCAGUCCCCUUGUCAUUUUCAUGUUGAAAACAAGUCCAUGUUCAGCACCCAAACAUUGUCGAUGCAAUGAAUAGAGCCGACAUGAGUCCUUAUUCUACAUGUCAGACAGGCAUGUUUGUUCUACAUUGCCUACUUUUAUCAGAAUGUUCCAAAACGUUGCAUCCUGCUGAAAGCGCACCAGAACAUAUACUUGUAUGUUUCUCUUAAAUAACUACAUUUUUUUAACAUUCCAUGACAAGUAAUCAUUGAGGACAAAGUUUGACUGAAUUCAUCUGAUGCUGCCUGGGCAUACUCUGAAGAAUGUUGUAAACACUAGUAGAGAUAGUUGUGAGAAUUUAUAUUUUGGUCAUUUGUCAAUAAAACACUGAACCAAACUAUGA